UUUGAUGGGAGAUCCUUCUGCAAUGGUGAGUUUCUAUCCGAACAUCCCGGAAGCUCAGCCACCAGUUACCUGCGGGGAAUUCGUCUUCCUCAUGGACCGCUCAGGAAGCAUGCAGUGCCCCAUGAGUCAAGAGGAUAGAUCUCAGCUGCGCAUAGAUGCAGCCAAGGAAACGCUGAUUUUACUGCUGAAGAGUUUGCCUGUAGGCUGUUAUUUCAAUGUCUAUGGAUUUGGAUCUUCUUAUGAGGCGUUCUUUCCCAAUAGUGUGCAGUACAGUCAGCACACCAUGGAGGAGGCACUGAGGAGGGUUAAGCUUAUGCGGGCCGACCUAGGCGGAACGGAAAUCCUGACACCACUCCAGACCAUUUAUAGGGGUCCUUCCAUCCCAGGCCACCCCCUGCAGAGAAAAAGAUGACGUGCAUUUACUCGAAUUCCUCUUCCUUGACUGUGGACAAUGGAAACUUUUUUGUGGCGUGCCACAGAAGCCUUAGAUGUAACUCGUAGGAGGAAGCGAUGAACAUUUCCAGGUUCCUGAGCAAACCAUGUAAGAACACGGUGCAGGUGACAGAAUAUUAAUAAGGAUCUCCUGCCUGUCUCAAGGCAUCCGAGUGGCUGAUAACUGG